UGCGGUCUGAUUGCUGCAGUGAAGGCCAAAGCGCGGCGCGGCGACGGCGGCAGGGGCGCCACCCUGCCUGUGGGAAGCUAAGGGUCGUGUAUAAGACGUCGCUCUCAGGCAACAGGGGAGCGCUAGUUGCGUUCCUCCCCUUGCGCCACCGCCCCAGACAUGAGUGCCCACGACUCUAGCGAGAAGGUGGACGAGAAGGACGCGGGCGCGCUCGCCUCUGCGCACUCGGCGACGCUCUCGGACCAUGAGGCAGAGUACGAAGAAUACCUGGCGCUUAAGGCCCAUUAUGAUACGGACCCGGCAGCCCACCGGCGAUUGCUCAGAAAGCUGGACAUCCGCAUCUUGCCGUUCCUUUCUCUCCUCUAUCUGCUCUGCUCGCUUGACAAGGCAAAUGCUGGCAAUGCAAAGCUGUUCGGCUUUCUCGAGGAAGUCCCCAUGACAGGCACUCAGUUCAAUCUGGGCCUCACGGUGUUCUUCUUCACGUACGGUGCGUGCGAACUACCGUCGAACAUCAUGCUCCGCCGCCUCGGUCCGCGCGUGUGGUUCCCGAUCAUCAUCUGCCUCUGGGGCACCGUCUCUACGCUCACAAGCGUGAUCAACAACUAUGGCUCGUUCAUCGCCAUCCGCCUCGCGCUGGGCUGCUCCGAGGCGGGCAUGUACCCCGGCGCGUACUUCAUCUUGUCGACUUGGUAUCUUCCCCACGAGCUGCAAACUCGCAUGGCCAUCUUCUACGGCGCCAAUACCGCCGCAGGGGCCUUUGGCGGCGUGAUUGCAUACGGCAUCGGUAACCUUGACGGCCACCACGGUUGGCGUGCGUGGCGAUGGCUCUUCCUCAUAGAGGGCGUCAUUACCGUGGCGGCCGGUAUAGUAGGACUUUAUGUGUUGCCGGACUUCCCAUAUGCGUUUAAGCAGAAGUGGCUGAAGCCUGAAGAGGCGCGCUUCAUUACACUAAGGUCCAAGUACCACGCAGGACCGAAUCCUCCUGACCUGCGGUUCAAGUGGUCGGAUGUGCGCGCCGCCCUCAAGGACUGGAAGACGUACACCAUCAUGUCGAUGUUCUGGUGGGGAGGCUCUGUACCCACAUACUCCCUGUCGUACACGCUCCCGACGAUGGUCGCAAGCCUCGGGUACUCGAACAUCAAGGCGCAGGCGCUAACGACCCCGCCAUACGUCUUCGCGACGAUCGUUACGGUGUGCGUCGGCCUCUGGUCCGACCGCUACAAAUCGCGCAUGAAAGCGAUCAUGUUCAGCUACUGCCUUGGCCUGACCGGCAUCAUCAUCCUUAUGGUUACGGUGCAUUACUCGCACCUCUACGGUGUCAGCUACUUCGCCAUCUUCCUCGCCGCCGCUGGGUACUCUGCACAGGCGCCAGGAAUCGGCGCCUGGAUCUCAAAUAACGUCGUUUCUCCCACCAAGCGCGCUGCGUCUAUCGGCUUCAUGAUGGCCUGGGGCUCAGUCGGUGGUGGCGGGAUUGGGUCCAACAUCUACAUCGCCGAGCAGGCUCCCACAUAUCCCCUCGGGUUCGGCUUCUCGAUCGGCGCGACAGUCCUGGGCGCUAUGAUUCCCUGCAUGAUAAAUUGGUACCUGCUACGUCGGGAAAAUCGCCGUCGCGACGCCAUGGACCCGGCUGUCAUCAAGGAGACGUACACCGAGGAGCAGCUGUCAGAGAUGGGCGAGGACUCACCGCUUUUCCGGUUCACUCUUUAGGUUGUUGAUAGUCGUGUGUUCCGUUUGAUUCGUAUCUUGGUAUUGUACUCCAGCUGUGCUUAUCGUCUAGUGUUUUUGGCUAUGAUAGUGAUUUGCAUGAGAUCCA